CAGUUGCCUGUCCAGCAUUAAAAGAAGGAAGAACAAGCAAACGAAGCAGCGCGAGCAAAAAACCCGAGAGUAAAGUUUCGGAAAUAAAAUUUUCUACCGUGAAAAAAGGAGACGGAUAUCGGAACCGAUUCCCGCGGCGCGACCCCACACGAAUGAGGAAGCGCAAACCGCACGAGUUUUAGGACCGCGGAAGUGAACGGCAAAGAAAGAAGUUGUGUUUUGGUUACUGUGCGUGCGCGAGAGCUUUUUUUCGCCUCCUCCUCCCGAGCAUGGCCUUAGCAGCAGCAGCAGCCAGCAGAAAGACUCCAUCGAAAAUCUAUGAUAUUACGGCACACAACAGCAAGGUGACAUGUUUGGACAUUGGAGAAACCGGACGAGUGCUGGUCACCGGAGGACAGGACCGGAACGUGAACCUGUGGACCUUUGGCAGCAAGGAAUGUUUUAUGACCCUGACCGGCCACAACGCCCCGGUGGACUGCGUUAAGUUUGCCUACUCGGACGACUUUGUCUACUCGGCGGACGACACGGGCGUGAUCAAGCGAUGGGACCUCAACUCGGAUACGGAGUGCACCACCUUCUUUGGCCACAUGAAAACGGUUCGCACGCUGGACUUUCACCCGUACAGCGAGUACGUCGUUUCGGGCAGUCACGACACCUCGAUCCGGCUGUGGGAUGUGCGGCAGAACGUGUGCAUCAAGCGGUAUCGGGGCCACAUUUCGCAUGUCAAUUCGGUCAAGUUUUCCCCGGAUGGGUUGUGGAUCGCUUCGGCUGGCACGGAGGGAUGCGUCAUCAUUUGGGACAUUCGCAUGAGCAAGCAGUUCAUGGAGUUCACAGAGCGGGAAUCGCCGGCGAUUUGUGUUCAGUACCAUCCGUCGGAUCUGCUGAUGGCCGCUGGACGGAACGAUGGCAGUGUGGAUUUGUACGAUCUGGAGAAGAAGCAGCUGGUGUCGCGAGCGGACAAAACACACUCGAAAGGACACGCGGUGAAGUGCAUUGCGUUUGACGAGGGCGGUUCAUGUCUGUUUGGUGGGACGGCGGCGGGAAUUUCUGUGAUUGGUUGGGAACCGGACCAGGAGUAUGACCAUGUGGACUCGACGUGGACGAUGCUGGGCGACAUGAUCACUGCCGGAAAGAAGCUGAUUUGUGGAACUUAUGAAAAUAGGAACGUUGCGAUCCAUGCGUUGAAUUUGAACAUGGUGAAGCCGUUCUACAAUCCCCAGAAUCAGCCGUUUAACCACCAUCAGAGCUCUAGGAAAAGUUUCAGCAGAGGAAGUGGCAAGGUUCGGUUAUCGAUUGGCGAUCGAGGGCUCUCCGGUGACAGUAUGGAGGGAAAUUCCAACGGCGGAAUGUCUCCCAACCUGAGCAUCGAGAUGAUCGACGAAGAAGACGUUACGAUUUUGGUCGAGCAGAAGGCAUUUGAUUUUAGCCAUAGCAACGGAAGUGGUACGGGAAGCUUCGAGUCGUACGCGUCGCCUACUCCAUCGUCUAUCCCGGUGGCCACGGUCUCCGGACCGCCCUCGGGCCCCUCCAACAGCAACUAUCUUGUAAAGGAAGAGAUGAAAAUGUACAACAUCAGCACGUCAACUGGAUAUUCGAGCGAUCUUGACUACUACCCGUGCAAGAACACCGCUUCGGACGCGGAAAAGGAAGACUUUCCCGUCAAAAGCGCUCAACCUCCGGAUUACGCUCCCAAAUUGACCACCUCGGGGAACACGACGACCAACGCCAGCAGCGGAAACACCAGCAGUACCUCCCACUCCACGACGGCAGCGACGACGACGAAAAGCAGCACGCUGGUACGGCAAAAGACGGACUCUAUCAGUCACAGCACCAUGGCGCAACGGAGAACUUCACAGCCAAACAUCGCCGCCAACCGGAACUCGACCAUCGGCAGUAAUCUGGCCAGGAGGAUUUCGACCUCGAGGAGCACGCUAGAGCUGAACAAGCUGGCCAAUGAGGAGCAGGUAACCUUCAAGAAGCCCAUCAGCCGAGGCAGCUCUCCGAUCCGGAACAACACCGCCCUCAGCAGCAAGAUCCGCAAGAGCGAAAGUACAGCACAAAUCAACAACAUGAAAAACACCAGCCGAUACAGCAGCAGCAGCAGCAAUAGUCAACACAAUGCCAACGUAAAGGUGGAGAUUGUCACAAAACCGGUCCGCUCCAAGACGUCGCUGGACAUGCGCCAACGGAACCACAACAACAACGGCGACGGCCACAGCACCAGUGCCACCAUGAGCCGGGCCGGAAUCAUCCAACACAACAGCAACGGCAAUGGAAACAUGAGCAUGAUGGGCGGAGGAGUAGGAGGAGGCGCACCACACAAUCACAGCCUGUCCCACAUCGGAAUAACCGACGGAGGAGGAGGAGGAGGGGGAAUGGGCCGUGACUCGCUGCUGAUGCCACCACCGUCGGUUCCCCCGCCGUCGUCGAUUCCCACGGCAGUGCAUCACCAGAUUCCGAUCAUCCGGUUUCCUUCGCAUGACGGAGACGGAGGUGGUGGCGGUGGUACGAGACUGGGAAUGACCUCCAACGAAGAGUUUGAAAUUCAGCUGCUGAUGAACGAACACGACAGCGUGUUUCAGGCGCUGUGUAACCGGACGGCGCUGCUGACGGCGAUCCGAAACUACACGCAAACUGGGGACGUGAGCACCGCGCUCAAGGUCGCCGUCCGCAUGAACGACCAGCACAUCUUGGUUGACCUGCUAGGAGCGAUUCUGGAAAAAUCGUCACAAUUCACGCUGGAUAUGUGCGUACUGUUGCUGCCAAUAUACGAUCUGCUGCAGAGCGAAUACAAAUUCCACUGCACCCGUGCCUGCGACACCCUGCGAGUCAUCCUGACCACCUUCCUCGAGGUGAUCCGCUCCAACACCGACCCGUGGGGCUCGUGCACGCUGGGCGUGGACGUGAGCCGCGAGGAGCGCGUCAGCAAGUGCGUCGAGUGCAAGGCGUGGCUGCUGCGGAUACGGACCCUGCCGGAAAAUCCGAAAAUCGGCACGAACCUGCAGCAGCUGCAGAACAUGAUGGUCGAUUUGUAGCCAAGUCGCCGUCGUGGGCGGUUCACGUAAGUCGAUUGUGUUUUGUUUAGCCUUGUCUUGAUUCGAUUGUGUUUUUUUUUACAACAAAAAGAUGAAAAAGAAAGUUUACGCGAAUUGGUUGACUCGUCCAGAAUUUAAAUAAAUUAAUACACACCACACGCUAACGUCACUAAUUUAUUGAAAAGCGCGCGAGGAAGUUAAAUGUAUAAUUAUUUUAACUCUUUUUUCUUCCGUUUUUAUCAUUGUCCUUAGAGAAGCGUAAUAAUUUUAAAUUAGUACAUUGAUGCGAGAUAAAGAAAACACACAUUUACUUCUAUACAGAUUAUUAAUAAGACUGAAAAUUUUAAUUGAAAAUAUAAAACAAAAAAAAACAUCCUACUAAAAUAAUGCGAAUCAUUUUAUAAUAGAAUCCAGACAACUAGUUUUAAUGAAAAGACAAAAAAAAAAACAUAACCAAAACUAAAAACCCGCAACUCUGCCAAGUUUGCGUCAAUUACAAUAAUUCAACACACACGAAACAACGCAAAACUGCGCGGCUUGAAACAUUAAACAAAACGAAAGCGAAACGGAAAAUUGGUGAUUUACUUAGUGCUUUAAAAAGGCGAACAAGGAAAUGUGAUUAACCUGUGUUUUGGUGUUUAGAAACCUUUUGUUUUCCUUCCCUUCCCCUCCAGUUGAGAGCAACA